UUGAGUUUGGUAUACCGGUGUAGUUCGGUUUGACAGUGCCGUGUGUAUGUGUGUAUGUGUGUAUGCGUGUGUAUGUGGGUAUAACGGCGCAGUGUCAUAUUGGACAGAGGAACCACACACAUAAUUGCACCCCGCGACGCCAGCGACAAGCAGACGGGGCCUGGUUGCAGUCAGGAUGAGCUGAGAAGAGCUCCCAGCUGUCCGUUGAGGAUCGAACCGACCAGAUACAAGCUGCUGGUCUGUGUACGACCAACACAGUACACCGCGACCACCACAGUGUAGCCGAUCCGCCAUGGCGGAGCCGAGCAGAAUGCUAGCGCUGCUGUGGCUGUCGCUGCUGUUCCUGGCCAGGCAGUCGGCACUCUGGGCCUUCCCCUUUGGCCCGUCCCUGGACGUGGACGUUACCCCCAGAACCACCGUCUACUCCAAAGGUGUCCUAGGCCGCCAGCGCUUCACGGGCUCGGUGCAGAACUACAGCACCCUGCUGCUGGACGAGGGGGCCGGCCUGCUCUACGUGGGGGGCAGGGGGGCCAUCUACGCCCUGGACACCGCCAACAUCUCUGCACCGGCCAACGCUACGAUUGACUGGGAGGCCUCGGCAGAGCAGAAGAAGCAGUGUCUGAACAAAGGCAAAGACAAUCAGACAGAGUGCUACAAUCACAUCCGCUUCCUGGAGCACUACAACAGCACCCACCUGUACGUGUGUGGGACCCACGCCUUCAGGCCCCUGUGUGCCUACAUCGAUACAGAGCAUUUCAACUUCUCGUCAAGCCUGGAGGAAGGCAGAGACAGGUGUCCGUACGAUCCUGCCAAGGGCUUCACGGGCCUCCUCAUAGGUAAUGAAUACACUCCCUACCCUAACCCACAUGAUUCACCCCCGGAACAUUCCCCUGCGUUUGUUUACCCUCGCCUCUGUCAUCGGAGGAAGAACAUCAAGGCGUCGGCCAUCUGCCAGUACUCCUUCGCAGAUGUGCAGUCGGCCUUCGACGGGCCCUACAUGGAGGUCCUGGACUCGAAGUGGAGGGAAUACACCGGGAAGGUUCCGGAACCAAGACCCGGCUCUUGCAUAACGGACGUGCACAGAUCCCAGGGCAUCAACUCAUCCCGGGACCUGCCUGACAGCGUCCUCACCUUCGCUCGACGGCACCCCCUGGUGGCCGGCCAGGUGCAUCCUGUGGGUGCGCGACCUCUGAUGUUCAAGAGGAACGUCAAUUACGUCAAGAUUGCUGUGCACAAAGUGACGGCGCUGGACGGAGACGUCUAUCCCGUGUUCUUCUUAGGAACCGAUCACGGUUGGCUGCACAGAGCUGUAGACAUCGCUGGAGAAAUGCACAUCAUUGAGGAGCUGCAGCUGUUUGAUAAGCCUCAGCCCAUAGAGAGCCUAGUCCUAUCCCCAAUCAUGCGAAGCGUGUUCGUGGGCUCCUACUCCGCCGUGGUGCAGGUACCCAUGGCAACCUGCCGGAGGUACACCUCCUGCUACGACUGCGUCUUCGCCCGGGACCCCUUCUGCGCCUGGGACAGGAAGAGCUGCGUGGAGGUCAGGCCGCACGGCCAGAGGUCGAACCUGACCCAGGAUAUUAUCAGAGGAACCAGGGGCUGCAGGAACAGCACAGGAUACGUGGCCCAGCGGGGGCGCUCCGUCAUGGCGGGCGACGACGUCCUCCUGCAGUGCGAGCUGCACUCCAACCUGGCCACGCCCCGCUGGACGCUCAACGGGCGCGAGCUGCAGGGCUACAGCCUGACCGGCGGCUACCGCGUGGGCACCGACGGCCUGCUGAUCGUGGGCGCCCGCCCCGCGCAGGGCGGCACCUACCGCUGCUUCGCCGUGGAGAACGCCAUCUGGGUGCCCGUGCGCCAGUACUCCGUCCGCGUGCACACCGACCCCGGUCUCCACGGCGACAACGCCGACACCACGGGCACCCCGUCGACCCCGUCGCCGACGCCGGACCCCACGGAGUCCCCCGUCUCCACGGGCGGCCCCACCGAGCGCCCGCUGCCCUCCCCCCCCGCCCCGCUGCCCUCGGCGUCCGGGUCAGGGGGCACGUACCGCCACAUGGAGGCGGUGUACGUCUCCCUGGUGGCCGUGCUGGGCGGGCUGUGCCUGGUGCUCACAGUGGUGCUGCUGUACGUCAGCUGCUGCACGGCCGCCGGCAACCGCCGCCGCCGCCGCGGCCGCAAGUUCUCCCAGCAGGGGCUGCAGAUCCUGGGCGAGACGGAGGGGCCGCGGCGGCGAGGCAGCUCCCCCCUGGAGCUGCGCACCAUCUCGGGCCACUGCAACGGGCGGCUGGGCGCCCGGCACUCUGACUCGCUGUCCAGCCUGGACGACCCCCUGGACGGCUUCCUGCAGAUCGUGGCGGGCGGCCAGGGGCGCGGGCCGGUGUCGCCGUGCGAGACGCCGCCCGCGGCCCCGCCCUUGCCCCCGUCGGCGCACUCGGCUCCGACGCCGCCGCCGCCGCCGCCGCCCGAGUUCGCCAACGGGCUGUCGGGCACGCUGCCGUCAGUGCUGCGCAAGAUGAACGGGAACAGCUACGUGCUGCUGCGGCAGGUGGACCAGGAGGGCACGUCGCCGCUCUACCACUCCUUCACCGAGGAGCUCAACCGCAUCCUGGAGCAGAGGAAGCACACGCAGCUGGACGUGCUGCCCGACGAGAGCUCCAUUUAGGCUCCGCCUCCGCCCCCCCUCGCAGUUUAGGCACCGCCGUUUGUCGAUUUAUGAUUUAUCCCCCCGAGAGCGACCCCUUGUGGCAGGGAGGACUAGCUGGGGUUAAACGAGAGGGUUGCUGAUGCUGUUGUCGUUUCUACAGUGUUACUGUCCAUGUGGGCUUGGUCUGAACUGGAAUAUCCCGUCCCUCCCCCCCUGCUGUGACUCUUGCUGCCCGUGUAUUUCAGUCCACACUGGAGGAUCCUUAACUUAAUUUACAUUGAGAGGAAAAGCUGUGAAACACAUGUGGGACACCGGCCUGACGGUACCGCGUGAAAUGGCCUCAUUGAGUCACACUAAGGCAACGAGGAUGCUGGUUGAAACGAUCCUACCUCAGCAGGGAGUGGGAACGGAUCAGUGACUCAAAGUCCCUUGGAAAGACCUAGGUGCCUUUGAGCAAGACACCGCUCUUUGCCUGUUCCCGGUUAACCGAUGAUCUCUCUGAAAUCCUUCGAGAGCGGUGCGAUGCGUGGUUGAGUGGGUGUGUCAGAGGCACGUUUCACUCUUAAGUGGCCAAAAUAGCUUGGAAAGCGGAACUACGGAAGUCAAGUGUAUCAUCUGUGUACUGUUUGAAACAGUCCAAACCAAAUGGGAGAUGGGAUCGUUUAUUUUAAGAGACACUCAGAGAUUCAGAGGAACCCGCUCCAUUGAAGCACAGCUUGUUAGACGAAUAUUACUUUAAGACAAAGCAUAUUUUAAACCACCUUUGUGUAUAGAACUGGUAUAUAUAGCAUAACUGUUAUGGCAAAUAGUAGCGGUGCGAUUGGUCCGAAUGGUAGCAAAAUCAAAACUACUUUUCUUUUUUUCUACUGACCUGGUUCUCGUCGGAUUUCUCUGAGUGAGUGGGAGGAGGACUGUCCUAUUAGCAGCGGUACUUCAUCAUGUGGAACAGGGUCGGGUUAAUUAUUAAUCAAUGACACCUGCUGACUCCGUGUUGCUGCAGGGACCUCCUGGGGUCACAGAGUUGUCUCUGGUGAGUGGAGCGGAGAAGAUCAGGACAGGUCACUGAUACAUUCGUCUUUUGGGAUGCGUCAUUGUGAGGUACCUCACCUUCCCUUUCAACACUUUUUUAAAGCUGUUGUUAACAGAGUGACCGAUACUCAUCCAUAACCUUUCUCAAGUCACAUUUUGUCAUUAAAAAAAUGUGCAGCCUUUAAAAAAUGCUAAAAAAAUAACCCCAAGAGAAACAACGGCAGAUUAGUGUGUUUUGUGUUCCUUGCCAUGACCAUCCGAUGCUGGCGACAUGCCCAAAGCUACAUGUCCAAAGUAAAGGACCUUCACACUGACGAACCUGCGUCAUGGCAACCCAGUCCCCCCCCUCCCCCCAAAUGCCCCGCAGCCUUUAUCUGACGUCAGUGCAGCACUAAAAGAACCAUCACCUUUUGGAAAGGGCUCACCGAAUGACCUUGGUGUGGAAGGACCGUGAUGGCUUUACAUCUGUACUAAUUAGCUUUAAAAGGAGUGUCACCUUGCACUUGAGGAGCCCGCCAUUACAGGGCUGUCCUGGCCAUUGGCGGAUCGAUGGGGCGCGUGUGUGUUCCUCUUGUUGAGUCAGCGGCGGUGGGUUCCCUGGAGGCUCCCGGGUUGUGUGUCCGUCACGACACGAGCGACAGCAGAAGCUUGUCCCCUGGCUGGCCGCUGAAAGAAAGAGACAGCAGGAGAGAGGGGUAGAGAGAGGGAGGACAGGAGAUUGAAAGCAGCGAGCGUGUUAGAUUAAUGGGGUGAGGCACCAGGGAUAACAUACCGGCCCUGUUUGAUAACAGUUGGCAGACCCAGAGGAUCCUUCAUUGAUUGAUUCGGUGUCUGUAGCGGGGGAUGUGGCGUUCGAUCUGAAUCUGGUCCAAUUGGAGGCACCAGGUGGAUCAAAGCUGACCGAUCUUCCCUAACCUUUCUCUCACCCUCUAUCUCUCUCCCUCUCAUCUGUCUCACCCUCUCUCUGGCUCUAUUUCUCCAUCUCUCUCUCUCUCUCUCUCUCUCUCUCUCUCUCUCUCUCUCUCUCUCUCUCUCUCUCUCUCUCUCUCUCUCCUUGCCGCUCUCUCACCCUCACUCUAUCUUUCCAAUACCCUAACUCUCUCACCCUGUCUCUCUCACCCAGUCUCUCUCACCCUGUCUCUCUCACCGGCACUCUCUCUCUCUCGAACACCCUCUCAUCAUCUCUCUCUCUCCCCCCCUUGUCUCUCCAUUGUAACCUGCCUGCCAUCUCUCAAGGUCUCCACUAUUAGCUCACAAAUUGCUAGGAUAGCCACUAAUCAAUUAGAAGUGCUCUUCCUUCUCCCCAAAGAGCUCCUGUCUUGUGCUGCUUGUAAUUUGCGAUGAGAAGGAUUAUGGGAAGUGGGUUCCUGCUAGUGCUGCCGGAUUAGCAUUUAAACGUUUGGUUUACGAGCCAAAGACUUGUGAUUUAUCUCACACACACACACACACACACACACACACACACACACACACACACACACACACACACACACACACACACACACACACACACACACACACACACACACACACACUCUCUGUUUGUUUAACUGUGUGAUUUGCUGGUUUGGUUAAUUAGGACCAAGGUAUAAGUCCAGAGGUGAAGGCGACCGGCUAUUUGAUUAAUUAUGGGCAAACCAAUAGUUGUUUGUCUUUUCAUAGAUAUUCCGGCUCUUCCAGUGAAUGGAAAACACAACAGGAAUAUUCUCUUUUCAUCACUCUGAAGGACUCUGUUUACAACCGGCAUGGAAACAGGACGUGAUGUUGUGUGUUCUCCUGUGGUCAGAAAGAUCAACGGAAAGCAUCCUUCCCUUCUGUUUCUCUCCGUACACAAAGACGCGUCAGGCUCCCCGUCGACGGAGGUCCACAAUAGGCCCACGGACCGUGCUGAGAACCGCCAACCCUGGAAGAAACGGCCUUGGAUCGUGUGGCCAAAGAAACUGCCGUUUUCACAAGAGACGUCAUGAUUUGCACUUUUGUUGAAACAACUUUAACGUGGUUUUACCUUUUCGUAAACGACAACAAUCUUAGCUGACUGUGUAUAGUAUUGGUAUUAUUUUGAAAUGUAAGCCUGCGUACUAUACAAUAGCUUAAGAUAACAGUUACUACCUAUUUGUAAUUUAUAUACCAUGUUAUAUUUAUUUCCAUAUAUAUUUCAUUCCCGCUGUCCUUUGCACAGGCAUGAACCACUUUGCAUCAUCUUGCGAGAAAAAGGAAACGCAAUCAUUUUCUGUGUCGGUAGCCCUGAGGGAAUGUCAGCCAGAUUUCCAAGGAAACAUGUUCACACAUGGAUCCGAUUCUGUCGGCUCACACUGCCGGUACACGGGGGGAGAAGGUGGGUUGUCACGGGCCCUUCUGCCCCUGCCUAUCGCUCCUGAACCCCCUGGAGCCAAUCGGUCGCUCAUUCGAUUUGAUUCAAUUCAAUUCAAGACAAUUCAUACAGCCAGUUAUCAAAUGUAUAGUCUAAAAGGGCUUAACAGGCCUUAUAUAUUUACGACAGCUUUUAUGACAAAAUUCGAUGAGAUUUUAAAAAGUAUAUUUAGAUCUAUAAAAAGCAGUGACAACAACUAAAAAACACAUGGAGGAGGCUCCAGAAAAGGAGCUAAUUCUAGCGCAAGGUCUCUUAGGUAGUAGCUAAGCAACAGCAUCUCUGUUCAGAGAGUGUUGCAACGCUAGUGGCCUGCCACAUGCUGUCAUUUAGCAUCAAGGAGCUUGGUUGUGAUGUGUUGUGAUGCUUGAUGUUGCUGGUAUAUCCAUUUUCCCAAGGGAAAAACUUGGGACGGUUUUUAGUGCGAGAUAAUUUGAUACAAAACAACAAAAAACAGAAUAAAUAUUUUCAUAUUGACGCCAUGGUUGUUCAUGCCUUGGUGGGCUUUUCUAUGGUAUAUUUUGCUCAAGAUGGUUGUCCCUUUUCAGAUCGUGACGCUCAAAAAAUGUAUUUUCUACUUUUCCCAGUCCAGCUGUUUCUCUUUCUAUGCUGUAUUAAAGUUGGUCUACUGAUGAAUCAAUUCAGUAGGAAGCUGGCAGCUCUGUGGCCAUUAAUUAUCCAACAAGGUCCCCAUAACCACUCUCUCCCUCACACACACACACACACACACACACACACACACACACACACACACACACACACACACACACACACACACACAGGCUGCUGUUGGAAAUCAACACAGUACCACUGCUGCAGCUGUGUAAAGUCCCCUUGUUCUAGACUGUCAUGAUUCCCCGCUCUCCUCCCAGACAGUCAUCGCACACUCUCGCUGCCCUCUGCAGAAAUCUAUUUUUCACAGCUGCUCCACCAUCUCCAACUGAGACGGAUUCUUCAUACCAGUCGGGUUGGAAGCCAUCCCUCAUCAGAACGCGAAGGAAUCGCCCCAGUCAUCACUAAAAUCCAUUCCCCAGCGUUGCAACACUUCACUCAUCUGUAUUCCUGACGAGCAUGUGCUUACUUGGUAUUCUAGCCUGGUUGGCGCCACACACACACACACACACACACACACACACACACACACACACAGGAAGGGUGAAACGAGGGCAGAUGCGUGCAGCAUUCUGUCCAAACGAUGAUGGAUUGAAGUCCUCUUUAUUUUUAGAUUUGGAAAAUAGCAAAGAGAGCAGAGAGCUGCUUUGUUUGUUCAACCAUCCUGGGGCAAACUGGCCCAAUCAAC